AUGAAGUCAACUAUCUUGAUUCCACUUUCAUUCAUCCUGAUCCUGUUUCUCUCCUCAGCCAAUUCCGCCCCUGAUUCCGUCCUCGACACCACCGGAAAAAACCUCCGACCAGGAAUCAACUACCAUGUCAUGCCGGCAGCUAGAGACGGAAAGGGCGGCGGAAUCACACUUACCAACAACACCUGCCCUUCCGGCAUUACCCAAUUCCUCACCCACAACUACGGAUUGCCAUUGACUUUCUCUCCAGUCAACCCCAAGAAAGGCAUAAUACGCCUUUCCACAGACGUCAACGUCAAGUUCACGGGUCCCACUCCCACCCGUUGCAACGAGUCAAAUGUAUGGAAGCUGAAAUACGACGAAUCCAUAAAGCAGUAUUUUGUGAUGGUGGGAGGCGUGGAAGGGAACCCGGGACGCGAAACACUCGAUAACUGGUUUAAGAUUGAGAAAACUGAUAAUGGUUAUAAGUUUGUUUUCUGUCCCACUGUGUGUAACUUCUGUAAGGUGAUUUGCAAAGAUGUGGGAAUAUUUUCAGAUGGUAAUGGAACGAGACGAUUGGCACUCAGUGAUGUUCCUUUCUCCGUGAUUUUCAUGCGUUAA